CAGCUGUUACUUAUAUAAAAAGCAACUGCUUCCAAUCUAGCUCUCAAAAGCUAUCCAUUUUAGUGGUGAAUGGAGCAAAAAUUACGACCAUUUCUAAAGGAAUAGUACGCUGGUAAGUGCCAAUAGCAAAAAAAUCAUCGAAGGCCCAUCUUUCAAUCUUCAUAUAACAAUAUUAAUUGAUUAAUCUAAUUCAGUAAAAGAAUUCAACAAUAUCAUUUCCAUUGUAAAGUAUUUAAAAGCUUAAAUUUUCGUUAAAAAAUCGUCCUUCAUCUUAGUUCCAAACUGAUUCUAGCAUAUCUUUACCACGAUCGUUGAUAUAGUUUGAUUCAUAAUGCAUCGUAACACAGUUCUCUUUCAUUUUGUCUUUGUUGCUCUCUGUCUGUGCAUUGGUACAAUUGCUGCUCCUACUCCUGGCGGACCCAUUGCAUCCAAAGCCGUUCUCGCUGCUUCCCAUAAAAAUAAGCAUCAUAAGCAUGCCACUGCUACGACUGCCUCCACCUCUGAUAAAGAUACCGACGAGACUACUUUCCAAAAGAAUUAUGCUGAGCCUGCCGAAGAAUCCUUUCCCGCCAACGAUAAUACGGCUUCAGCAGACACAACAAAAUUGAAGGGCUUAGCUACUACAGCACAAAAGUUGAAUAAAACCCUUAUGGAUGUUUUCACCUCUCUUGGCAACACCAAGGAAAAAGCUUGAUAAUCUGAUCAGUGCCAUCCAAUGUCUAUUUAAUUCACUAAGGAAAAAAUUCAAUAAAAGCCUUAAACUAUUUAUCUCUUGAUGAUCAUAAAAAAUUAUCUAUCCGUAUCAAAGCGUGCUUUUUAAUGUCCUGUUGCGAUAUGCUUCAUGAUGAGUAUAGGAUGAAUACAUAGAAACGCCCAUUGCUAACAAUAUAAAAUCUUUCGUUUUACUUAGGCCAAUAAAUUAGUUACCAAUUCCUUUGACACUUCUCCAAUGACUUAAUCAUGCAGUUCAAGAAAGUAAAGAAAUGUAAGAAAAAAAGAAGUGUAGAUACGCUUCCCAACCU